GCUUUACUGGGCUAAACCUUCACCACCUGGAACUCUCCAGGUGCUCGUAAGCGAGUGCUGCCCAACUCCCAUCAUGAACUCGGAAGACCUGUCAUUUUCUGAAAUUUUCAUAUGGAAAAAGAAAUUCAAUAGAAAAUUAUAUGGAAAAAAUACAACUCUGUGUUAAUAUUAGAAAAUCCAUAGUAACAUGUAGAAUGAGGAGGUUUCCUCAAGCCCAACUAUACAGGUCAGAUCGGUUGAAAAAAUAAAACUAACAAAUUUUUACAUGCAAUAUUUGAAAAUCAAAGGCUAAUAUCUUUAAAUAAGCAAAGGUUUAUUAAUAUUCCUUGACAAACAAACAGGAAGUGGGAAAAUGGGCAACUGACACAAAUCGAUAACUAACUGUGAGGACAUGGGUGGCGGAGUCUCUCCUAAUCCUAUAUUCUUGGAGAUCUGGAUGCCUGCCAUUCGCCUAUGGGAAGAACAGAGGCGGUCAUGGAAAACAGCAUUUAAUCUAGAAAGGGCCACAGUGAGGUCAAAGGGCGGUCUCAGGGCAGUCUUAAGAGCUUCCCAUCCCCAAAGAACUGGCAAGGACUCCCCAGGUGCUAGUAAGCGACUGCUGCCCAACUCCCAUCACGAACUUGGAAGACCUGUCAUUUUCUGAAAUUUUCACAACUUCUAAGACACUAGUUAUUGGGGAAAACUUCAAAUUAUUUAAAUAAUGAGAGGCGAGUAACAUUGCUAAACUCAUGAAUACUCUGUAUUUAAAAACUCCACUGGCGAUCAGGGUACACAGCAUCUCUACUACUGAUGCCUGAUGCUGACCAUCCCCCAACCCGUGGGCCCGCGGACCCCAGCCCGGACCCCACCUCCUCCCAGCAUCUGACACAAGGAUUCUCACCACACUCCCCAGAGACUCGCCUGCCCAGGGCCCCUCUCUAACCCCACAUAGCUCAGGUCUCUGACCCAGAGACAGCAUUACCGACCCCUCCUACUAUCUAUUUCCAGAUUAGAGUCCCUGAUCCCAGAGGCCUUGUCUACAAUAACUAGCUCUUACAACUACGUCCACUUCAGGAACCGCCCUGUGAUGUCAGAACUUUGAGGCCGCCCGGCCAGGGCUGCACAUGCUCAGUGAGGCCGGCGCCCGCCAGUAAUAAACAUGGCUCCCUAAAGCCGCUCGGGCUCAAGAGCAACAUGGAGGCCUGCACUUAAUCGCUCUUCUCCGGAGGCGGCCAUACUGAGGAGGCAUCUCUUCCGUGCAGGCAGGCUGUCCUGGGGACCUCAGAGAUUCUCUCCAGCGGCAGCGGAAAAUGGGCAACAGGUGGAUUCGGGUCCAGAUUCCGGCAGGAGGGAAUUUGGGAUCGAGAUCUGGAAAAAAAGCAUUAGACUGGAAGAGGACGCGAUGGAGUCGGAGCCGCUGGCGGGGACAAAACCCUGGAGCUGGAGAAGGCGCCGGUGGGAGGCAAGGCGCCGACGGACUUUACCCGCGGACGCGUCGCAGGCGUCUCCGCGCACGGUGGUGGCCGUCGCAGCUGGUGCGGAAGUGUCGGCGUGUUUCGGGCGCUCCGCUGGGACGGGGGUCGCUCGCCGUGAGUCUCCGCUUCCCCAGCUGUACGGUUGGGACAAGAACAGUAACCCUCGCCAGUCAAGACAGGCCGGGGCUGUCGCGAGGGUCCACGCCUUAGAGCAGGCCCCUAUCGUGUUCAGGGCCCUGAGAUGGGGUCUGACUCAGUUCCUGCGGGGAAAUUCUCCAGUGACCCAGUGAGUGCCCUUCAGUU